GGGAUGAUGCACACAUUCUCCCUCCCCGUCGCCACUCACGAUCAACCUCCCACCACAAAGCCCCCGUCCGCAAACCGUCUACGGGACGACAAUCCAGACUUGGGAGGAUCCGAUCUCGCCUGAUCUCCUGCUCAAACGUCUUCCUGGUGCCCUGUUCGCUGGUGUCACGAGCCUCCGCCCGUCCGCCCGCAAAACACCUCGUUGCCAAACGCACAACCAUCACCAUGGCCGCUCUCCGCUCUACCACGUCACGGCUCUUUGCCGCCGCCGCGCGCCCUGCCGCCCUGCGUCCCGCCGUCUUCUCUCGCUCAAUGGCCACCGUCAACUCGCAGACCGACAACCCGGAGCCUGCCUCGGCGGACUCGCGCCUCAAGAAGUUCCAGAUCUACCGGUGGAACCCUGAGAACCCGACCGAGAAGCCCAAGAUGCAGACAUAUACCCUCGACCUCAACAAGACCGGCCCCAUGGUACUCGAUGCCCUUGUCCGCAUCAAGAACGAGAUCGACCCCACCCUGACCUUCCGCCGGAGUUGCAGAGAGGGCAUCUGCGGAAGCUGCGCCAUGAACAUCAAUGGUACCAACACAUUGGCUUGCUUGUGCCGCAUUCCCACUGAUUCCAGCGCCGACAUGAAGAUCUACCCUCUUCCUCACACCUACGUCGUCAAGGACCUCGUGCCCGACUUGACCUACUUUUACAAGCAGUACAAGUCCAUUAAGCCCUACCUCCAGAGAGAUACUCCUGCUCCCGAUGGACGGGAAUACCGCCAGAGCAAGGCCGACCGCAGAAAGCUCGACGGCCUGUAUGAGUGCAUUCUCUGCGCCUGCUGCUCGACAUCUUGCCCCUCAUACUGGUGGAACGCCGAGGAGUACCUUGGUCCUGCCAUCCUGCUCCAGUCCUACCGCUGGUUGAUCGACUCGCGUGACGAGCGCAAGCUUGAGCGCAAGGCUGCCCUCGACAACUCGAUGUCUCUGUACCGGUGCCAUACGAUUCUCAACUGCACGAGGACCUGCCCCAAGGGCCUGAACCCUGGUCUCGCUAUUGCCGAGAUCAAGAAGGAGAUGGCUUUCUAAAGGCCAAGGAGUGUGAACCUGGCUUUCAUGUGAAGCUGUGGAGCAAAGGGGAGAGGGAAAGUGCGCAAGCGAUCCUCCUGUUAGUGGAGUUGAGAGCAUUACGUGCAGUCGCAAAUUGGUGUACAAAACAGUUGACGAUGAUGUUGUUUGAGUACCAUCAAAGGUCGACAUAUACACCAGGGUCUUCUGAUGAGGUCUGUAAAUCAUUUGGCCCAUGUUCUUUUGUCAGAUGAGCAUGGUUGGAGUUUUUAUGUCCAAGUAUAGUAUUAGCUGUGAAACAAAAUUCAUUUUACCACGUUCAAACUUG